AUGGAAUGGAAGCAAAUUACGUUGAAACAAGAAGACCAGCCGAAGCAGAAUACGAUUAUCCAUAAUGCUACAAAACCAAACAAAAUUAAUACUGGAAACUCAAACAAAAAGAAUAGACCCAAGAAGAAUUUUAAAGAAGGAAAGGUAGAAAAAGGUGGGAGCAACAACAUGUCCAAAAGGGCAAUAAAAAAAGCUAACAAAGAAUAUUUCUUAGAGCGUCAAAGAAAGAAAGCAGAGCGGCUGCUACAACAGAGCAUGAAUAACACUGACAAUAAUGAUAACAAUCGUACAUCAAUCGUUCCUCUUCCUAAUUCACCACCACCACCACCGCCACCGCCGCCACGGCAAGGAAAUUACAAUCAGUUACCUAUACUUUGGCCAAACUUUGGAGCACCUCGACCUACCUGGCUGCGUUUACCGCCUGUACCUCCUGUAGGAAUGAACUAUAUGAAUGCCUUCCCACAUCUUAACCAAGAUACUUUACAAAAUGGUACUCCAAGUAUGAAUUAUUCUCUACAAGACGCUAUGCCACUCCAUCGAUUACCAAUCCCCAAUAAAAAUGGAACGCUGAUACCGCAGCAGUAUAUACCGCAAUCGGAUAUAUCACAUCACCACAUAUCUACAUUCAACGCUAAUGUUAUACCAACGUCAAAUCAGCAGAUUUCGAAAGAAGCUGCUAAAAAAUUCAAGGGAAUGAAGAAAAAGGCGAAAAAGGCCAAAAAGGGCCAAAAGGCCAAAAAGGGCCAAACGGCCAAACAAACGAACAUAGAGGUGCCAGGCACAACAUUCAAAGAAAAUGCUACCCAGGCUCUGUUUAAGGAUGAGGAUUUGUCAGUAUCUUCAAAACUUUUGCCAGUUAUACGGCAUGCAGAUAAUACGGACUCUAACUUGCAUUCGGGAGUACGCAAAUAUGGGAAUUUUUUAACCUCAUUAACCAACUCCAAAGACAGAAAUGAAAUAACUAAAUCUUCAAAUAUAUCUAACACUGUGCAGUAUAUUGAGUUGGAUGACGAGAGUUCGGUUGAAGAAAUAAGUAAUGAAAAUGUCGACAAUGGAAACGAGCAUGCUCCAAGCGAAAAGAGACAAGAGCUACAAUCAAAUAAUGGAAUAAUCGAUCUAGACCUAAUUGAGGCGGAGGGAGGAAGCACGGAACCAAAUGGAAGAGAAAAUUCUUCUGCUCCUACGUCCUUGCCUGGGGAUCAUAUUUUUGAACCUUCCGAUGAUUUAGACACAAUUCAAACCAAAUCGAAUUCUAAUAGUUCAGCACAGGAAUUGAAUCAGAAAACGAAGUCUACCAAGAACUUUGACAACCCAACCAAUAAUGGAGCUAACCCUAACCUCGAAAAGAAACUAGGGUUAAUGGAAAGGUUAUAUAAAGAUGUCGAUACGACUAACAUUCCGUACCUUCCAAAUAACAGGAUACCUAUACUAAGCAAAUCAACAUCACCUCAAGGACCUAUCUGGCUAGCGGCAUCGAAGAUAUCUUUGUCUAGUGAUGACGAAUCAAGUAAAAAGAGGGUAAAGAAACAUGUAGUAUCUGGUCCAAAUGGUGAACUAUCACAACGAAACAAAGAAUCCAGUAAUUACCUACUGCCGACUACGGACCUUGACAACCGCUUACAAAAUGUGGAACCAAACAGUGUUUCCGUUGCAAAAAACACCAAGGGAGAGCGAAACUUAGAAGAGAUGGAACGUGAAAUUCAUUUUGAGUUGAAUAAAUUUUUGUUAAGGACAAAAGUUGAGAUUGGGAAACUAUCCACUGCACUAAACGAUAAACGUUAUCAUAUUGAACUUCAAGGCACUUCGAUAGAGGAUAAAAUCGUUACGUAUAAAGAUAAUAUUCUUGAUGAAGUUGUCCGAAGCGUUAAUGAUUUAUUUCUUCAUCAUGAAGGAGUUGAAGGGUAUGCUACGAAAAAACCUGAAAGAGUGCAGAUAAACAAGCCACAAAGAAAUACUGGUGUUAUUGAUGUGGAACCCCUUGCCCCAUCGGGAGGUUCCAGCCAAGCGGCUGUCAGUGAUGAACCAAAUACAAAUACUACCGGGUCAGUAGCCACGAAUACUUAUGAACAGCCAAAAUCUCCAAAAACUGAUGCACUUGUUGAUUAUAGUUUUGUUAAAAUAACUAAGGUAUGUGAACCGAAUUCUCCUUUUUAUUUAUCUUUUGCAUAA